AUGGCCGCCAACGUCCCCGACCCGACACGCAUCCUUAGCGUCCAGAGCCACGUCGUCUCGGGCUACGUCGGCAACCGCUCGGCCACCUUUCCGCUCCAGCUGCUCGGAUGGGACGUGGAUGUGGCCAAUACGGUGCAGUUCAGCAACCAUACCGGCUACGGUCGCUGGGGCGGCCUCCGCUUCGACGCCCAACACCUGCAGGACCUCUUUGAUGGGCUCGAGAAGAACGGCCUGCUGCGCUACUCGCGCAUGCUCACCGGCUACAUGCCUUCGGCUGCGGUCGUCGGCACGGUGCUGCAGCUCGUCAAGAAGCUGCGCUCGCGCAAGGCCGACGACGAGGGCGGGCUUGUGUAUCUGCUCGAUCCGGUCAUGGGCGAUAUGGGCCGCGGCAUGUACGUGGCGCCCGAGGUGCUGCCCAUCUACAAGCAGAUGCUCCCCUACGCGACGAUCGUGACGCCCAACCAGUUCGAGGCGCAGGCGCUGACCGGCAUCGAUAUCAUCGACCUCGCCUCGAUGCGCAGCGUCAUUCACGCCUUGCAUACGCAGCACAAGGUGCCACACGUCAUCGUCACAUCCGUAGAGCUGCCAGACGCCGAUCUGGCGGCCAUCGGUGCACACAGGCAGCUGCCAGACGGCCGUCCCGCCAUGCUCCAAGUGGGCUCCAGCCUCGACAUCCACACCAACCAAGACGGCGAACGAAGCGCGUCCACACUCACACCCGACGAGCUGAGCAUAUGGUGCAUCCAGUUUCCCGAGGUGCAGGGCUACUUUUCGGGCGUCGGGGACAUGUUUGCCGCACUCACCCUCGGCCGUUUCCAUCCGCAAGGCCAGGCGGAUGGCGCACAAGAUGCAAAGGCGCGCCCGCUGACGCCCAUCGCAAGGGCGAGCGAGAUGGCCAUCGCGAGCUUGCAGGGUGUCUUGACCAACACAUGCCGCGUCAUCGACCAGAUCGAAGCUGCCUUGCCGGCACAAGCCAGCCCGGACGCCGACGCGGCACAGACCAAAGUAGACACGAUGCGCAGGAGAGAGCUGCGCGUGGUGCAGAGUAGAGCAGAGAUCGAGAAUCCAACGAUCGUCUACCGAGCCCGAUGGAUCAACUAG